AUGAUGGGCAGACCCUGGCAGGCCCCACGGCUCCUACUGGCCAUUCUGGUGGCCUUGGUGGCCUUUACCUGCCGAGCAAGGAAGAAAACCUUUUUCAGUGUCCAAGAAGUGCCUGCAUCAGAAAGCUACGUGAUAGCUACCAUGCAGUUUGUGACAGAGGAGUUCAACAAGGAAAGUGAUGACAAGUACAGCUUCCGGAUUGUGCGAGUGCUGAAGGUCCAGAAAUGGAUUACUGACCAUAUGGAGUAUCAUGUGAACUUAGAGAUGCGGCGGACCACCUGCCAGAAGCUGGAGACUGAAAACUGCACCUUUCAAGAAGGGGAGCUUUACAAGCAAAUUGAUUGCUUCUACACAGUGUAUGUUGUUCCCUGGUUUGAAAAGUACAAAAUUCUGACCAAAAACUGCACCAACGGCUAGGUGUCCUGGAGCAUACACCUGCGGCCACCAUAUGUGAGAGUACCCUGCGAUGAGCAGCGAUUCUCAACAUAGAAAUAAAUGUGUGUCAACCUGUUCUCUCAAUGCUGUUAGUGUGUAUGGUUCCACUCUUUUUUUUUCCCAAAUUCAUCAGCUUAUAAUAAUAUAAUCUGAAGUUUCUCUGGGCCAGGGCAGCUUUGGCAUCCAAAUGAAGUGACGUGAAUAAUUUCUGGCCUCAUAGCCUAUACGUACAUGACAGCAGAACUUCAACUCCAUCCUUAUAUCUAGUAGGAUUCUUUUGAUUUUAAAACAAGAAGAAGAAGAUGAGAAGAAGGAGAAGAAGGAGGAGGAAAGAAGCUCAAAGUCACUUAACUGAACAGCCAAGAGAUAUU